AGCUACUUUGUUUUGCUUUUCAUUCGACCCAUUCGACUCAAAAUGAACAGAGCCGAACGGCUCGGAAGCUAAGCAACAAAGAUUGAUCAGCAGGCAGCAGCAGACAGUCGACACAACAGAGACAGCAAAACGUUAGUCUUGUCCAGUUUAGUUGAGGAAGUAGCUCUGUAACCAUGGAAGAAGAAGGAUCCAACAACGCGGCUAGCGGAGGCAGUGGCGCUGAAAAUGUGCAGCAGCAACAGGCUCAGUCGGAGCGAGAGCAAGUGCUGGAGCAAUACCGAGCAAAGAUCCGAGAGCAUCGUGAAGUCGAGGCUCGGUUGAAGCGUAUGCGGGAAGAUGUCAAGGGGCUCCAGGGACGAUACCAAAAGACGGAGGACGAUUUGAGCGCGCUGCAGAGCGUUGGUCAGAUCAUCGGAGACGUCUUGAAGCGGUUGGAUGCGGAACGGUUCAUUGUCAAGGCGUCCUCUGGGCCCCGUUACGUUGUCGGCUGCCGAUCCAGACUCAACCAUGACAAUCUAAAGCCAGGAACCCGUGUGGCGUUGGACAUGACAACUUUGACCAUCAUGCGCAUUUUGCCACGAGAAGUCGACCCUACUGUGUUUCACAUGCAAGCUGGCGAGGAAGACGGAGGCGUCAGCUUUGCCGACAUUGGUGGACUCAAUGAGCAAAUCCGUGAGCUGCGAGAGGUCAUUGAGCUGCCUUUGACAAAUCCUGAACUUUUCAUUCGCGUUGGAAUCAAGGCACCCAAAGGAGUAUUGCUCUAUGGACCUCCUGGCACUGGCAAGACGCUUCUUGCUCGAGCCUUGGCCUCCAACAUCAAUGCGACGUUCCUGAAGGUCGUUGCGUCUGCCAUUGUCGACAAAUACAUUGGUGAAUCCGCUCGUAUCAUUCGAGAAAUGUUUGGUUUUGCCAAAGAUCAUGAACCUUGUGUCAUUUUUAUGGAUGAGAUUGAUGCCAUUGGUGGCUCGCGUUUCUCGGAAGGUACUUCAGCAGAUCGUGAGAUUCAGAGAACCCUUAUGGAGUUGUUGAACCAGAUGGAUGGAUUCGAGGACCAAGGUCAGGUCAAGAUGGUCAUGGCAACAAAUCGGCCUGACAUUUUGGAUCCUGCCCUCUUGCGUGCUGGUCGACUGGACAGAAAAAUUGAAAUUCCAGAACCCAAUGAAACACAGCGAUUGGAGAUUCUCAAAAUCCACGCCGCUGGAAUCACAAAACGUGGUGACAUCGACUUUGAAAGUGUUGUCAAAUUGGCAGAUGGGCUCAACGGUGCGGAUAUGCGCAAUGUGUGUACUGAGGCAGGCCUGUUUGCCAUUCGGUCGGAUCGCGACUACGUGCUGGAAGAGGACUUUAUGAAGGCGGCUCGUAAGAUCCUGGAUACCAAGAAGCUCGAAUCCAAGUUGGAUUACAGCAAGGUGUAGACACGAUUCUUGCAGUCGAAGUCGCAGUCCUUCGUAAGGUAUGCGGAAAGGCACCAGGCACAGUACCAUGUUAGAAUUUCAUUAGAAACAGUUCAAACAAGGGACGCGUUCAACCUAAAAUUAGUUUGUACAUGUAUCAAUCGU